GCCCUCUCACCCCUCUUUUGCUUUCUUUUCUUGUCGCUCAAACAAACAAGCAAAACGAAAGCUUCCUUUUUUCUUCCAAAACCCAAAUUGAACCGAGUGUUGAAUCUAGAAUGGAGUGGGUUCGAGGGGAUAGGAUUGGGUGUGGAAGUUUCGGCACUGUUAAUUUGGUGGCAUCUAAGGAGUUUUCAAAAUCUCCUUCAAUGGCGGUAAAAUCUUGUGAAGCUAUGUGUUCCGUUUCCCUCAGGAAGGAGAAAAAAGUGCUUGAUCAACUUGGGAUUUGUCCGCAAGUUAUCCGCUGUUUUGGCGAUGAUUAUUCGGUUGAGAAGGGUGACAAGUUGUAUAAUUUGUUCUUGGAGUAUGCUAAUAAAGGAAGCCUGGCUGAUCAUGUUAAGAAAAGCGGCGGAAACUUGAUUGAAUCCGAUGUUAGAAGAUAUGCAAGAUCGAUACUUAAAGGGCUAAGCUUUGUUCAUGCUAAAGGGUUUGCUCACUGUGAUAUUAAACUUCAAAAUAUUCUUUUGUUUGAUAAUGGUGAUGUCAAGAUAGCUGAUUUUGGAUUGGCAAAGAGAAACGGUGAAAAACAGAGGACGAUGGAAAUUAGGGGAACUCCUCUGAAUAUUGCACCGGAGUCUGUUAACCGAAACGAGUAUGAUUCACCGGUCGAUAUCUGGGCACUUGGGUGUGCUAUUGUUGAGAUGAUUACCGGGAAACCAGCAUGGAAUUUCAAACCAGGAACAAACGUGACGGCUUUGUUGAUUAAAGUUGGGGCUAGUGAUGAAUUGCCUGAAAUUCCUGUCGAGCUAUCGGAGGAAGGAAAAGAUUUUCUCAGAAAGUGCUUCGUUAAAGAUCCAAAGAACCGAUGGACUGCUGACAUGCUCUUGGAUCAUCCUUUUAUGGUUGGUAAAGACGACGCCAUUGCAGUGAAUCGAUGUGAGGAUGGAGAAGCGUCUCCGUCGACGUCUCCAAGAUGGUCGUUUGAAGAAUUUUCAGAGUCACCGAGAUGUCCUUUCCAGUUUCCAGACUGGGUUUCAACUCAGUCGACAGCUUCAUCGCAAUCAAUUUAUCAAGAGAAUUCAAGCUUUGCUUCUUCGUUUUCGAGUUACGUUUCAUCGCCAUUGGAAAGGGUUCGUCAAUUGGCUUGCGAGCAGGCUCCCGACUGGUCCAUCUCCCGGGACUGGAUCACCCUGAGGUAGAAGAAAGAGAAAGAAAUAGUUUGAUUGCUUUGAUCAAAUUUGACGGCUCUGAUCCAAUUGGUUUUCGUGUUUUCAUGUGGCAAUUGGUGAUGAAAUUUUUUUGGAUUGUAAAUGAUUAGGAAAAGUUCUGAUUGGCUACACAGGUAGCCACAUAGUUUACACUGUACAGGCAAUUCUUUCCUUUAAUUUUUUUUUUGGGAUAAAUUUUCCAUCUCUUUUCCCAACAAA